AUGGAUUCGGAUAGUGAUAGUGUUCCCGAGUCUUCGUCAAAUACUACUACACAAUCAUCAAAAAAAGGUGGACGACUGAUAUUGACAAAACGACAAAGAGCAAAACUUAAUGAAGAAUAUCAGCAUGACUUGCUUGAAUUGCCCAUGGAGCCGACGCGAAAAAAGCAUCUCACUGAAGAGGAGAUCGCAUUGAGAAAAUCGGAGACUGCGCGUCGAAGAAAACAUCAAAGUAUUCAGCGUGCAGAACAAGAUAAAAUGGACACUAUCAAUCGUCUCUUGAAAAAACAAAAUACCAAGAGACGUAGUAAAGAGCAAGAGGACACCGAUCUUAAUCAAGAGAAUCAAAAGGACGGUGGUGUACGAAAGUCAUUGGUAACCAAUACAUUUCAUUAUGUCAACAAUAGAGAGGGAAGCACACUCUCGGCUCCGAUUGGUGUUUCUAUACCUAUUCCAUUUGAUCAAGGACCAAACUAUCCUCCUCCGAUACCGCUUUGUUCUCAGCCUGGAUGCAAGAACCUGAAAAAAUACCGAAGUGUAAAGAAUUAUAAAUAUGCUUGCUCGAUGGAGCAUCUGAAAAGAAUUGAAGGGAGGUCGUAG